UGUGUGUGUGUGUAUGCGAACGCUGAAUGUUGACAUUCAACAUGGCGGCAUGUCGUCAGUGCUGUGCUGUGUCGUGCUUGUGUAAUUGUUAGUUUAGGACACUUCUGAAACCAAGGCUCACUGUAAAUUCCACAUUUAAAAGCUGAAGAAGGAAACGCUACUAUAGAAAUAUCGGAAGAACACAAUCACACUCAGCACGCAUUGAAGACAUCUGAGGAUUUUCAAGUCAACAUUUAUCCUUUAAAUCUCCUAUGUUUUUGAUUUACUCCUUUUAUAAAGGAUGACUGAUGUUUAAGAAGAACACAGUUAUUCUAAUGCACGCUAAAUUGAAUAUUUAUCAAACAGUUGUUAUAAUCAAGCAUAUACGUAUGGAAAGUAUCGACAGUAUAUGGUGUGCUAAGAUUUUGUACUUGUAUUAAUUCAUAAAUCAGCAUUAAUCGCAUCGUUCAUUUGUAUAUUGUGUACACAACAAGCCUUGUGAGCAAGAGAUAGGUGAGCCAAUACAGUGACCGUGAUUGUGAUUGCGGCUGAGAUUGUGCUGCUCCGCUUGGUUGAUAGAACAUCCGUAUCUGCGUUCAAGGAGUGCCAAGUUCGCGUCGAGCUACCGCGGUACUCUCCGAUAAAAUAAUUCACGAUACGUGUUGAGAAAUACUUUGAAGAGACCUCACUUCCAUUUCCUGGUUAUGAAGAAGCCUGCAUUUCUGCGGCAUUUCAAAGAGCCACUCUUCCUCUUCAUUAAGUUCUUGUAACAUUAUAAUAGUGAACAAAGACAUAAGGUACCAAGAACCGUUCUGUGAUAUCUAUGUUAACACUUAAAUAAUUGAAAAGACUAAAAAUUUCUAAAUAUAAGUAUAUAUAUAAAUAUAUAUAUAUAUAUAUAUAUAUAUAUAUUGUGGUGAAACAGAAGUGUGAACAUAAAAGGGAAUUAAGUAAUUCUUUUGAAAGAAGAUCUAAAUUAUACGUAAAUAUUACACACACACACAUAACAUACACACACAUACAAGCACUGCGCAAAUUGAGAAGACAAUGUCCAGCAAUCCUCAGUGGAAAACGUUCCAGCCGCCAAUCAUGAACUCUGACCCAGCAAUACUUGACUAUAAGUCCAUGGCUAUACCAAGUCCUAAAGCCAUGACGGGAUCUCAUCAACCCACAACUAACAACUACCGAAAUGGUACCAACUACAGUGGUGAUCACUAUAUGGGUUCACCUCCCGGAUGUGGCAAAAAUUCUACUACUACUACUACUACUACUAACUAUGGAAAUUAUCCUGGUGCACAAACAUCACCACGCAAUGGCGCGACAAGAUUUCCGUUCGAAUUCACCAGCAUGGAAACGAACGCUGGUUACACUGGUGAACCUGCAGCUAAUAAUCCUUCCUACCAAGAUCAGUCUGCGAAUCAAGGGACACGAGAAACGGGAAUAAUCGAGAAAUUGUUGCAUUCUUAUGGGUUCAUACAAUGCUGUGAAAGACAGGCAAGACUGUUUUUUCAUUUUAGCCAAUUUAGUGGUAACAUAGAGCAUUUGAAGAUUGGAGAUCCGGUGGAAUUUGAAAUGACUUACGAUAGGCGAACAGGCAAGCCCAUUGCUAGCACUGUUAGCAAGAUCGCUCCAGUGGCAUUAGGUGAUCAACGGUGCAUCGGUAAUGUAACAACAGAGUUACAAGCAAGUGGUGACUCACAAGGACGCAUCAGUUAUGAAAAUCGAGGAGAAUGCUUUUUUCUGCCAUAUACCAAAGAUGAUGUCGAAGGGAACGUCACUUUGCGUGCUGGUGAUAAAGUGUCAUUUCAAAUUGCUACCAAUCAACGAGGAAACUUGGGUGCGUGUCACGUAAGGCUGGAGAACCCAGUACAUCCAGUUCGUUAUCGUGGAGUGGUGUGCUCAAUGAAAGAGAAUUUUGGUUUUAUUGAGCGUGCGGAUGUAGUUAAGGAGAUAUUCUUCCACUUUAGUGAAGCCAAGUCAAUGAAAGAAGAACUCAGGCUAGGAGACGAUGUGGAAUUUAUAAUACAGACACGCAAUGUAAGUGACAAGAUCGUGAGUCUUUUGAACAAAAAAAAGAAAAAAACAAAAAAAAAAUAUAUAUAUCGUAUCCGAUAUAGAGACAGUGAAGAUCAUUCUGAAGUUGAGGUACCUUUUGGUGAUAAAGAUCAAAAAGGAGAUUUUACACUCAGGCAUGGAGACUGGGUUCAGUUUCGUAUUGCAACAGACACUAGAGAUCAGCUCAAAAGAGCUACAGAGAUAUUGUUAUUGCCAGAAUCUUUCACUGUGUCAGGGGAAAGACGAGAGCAAGGUAUUAUCGCCGCUCUUAAGGACGGAUUUGGCUUUAUUCGUUGUGUAGACCGAGAUGCGAGACUUUUCUUUCACUUUAACGAGGUUCUCGAUGUUGAUAGAGAAAUUAGUGUAGGGGAUGAAGUUGAAUUUACAAUCGUACAAGACCCUUCAUCAUCAUUCUCGAAUAAUCGACAAAGUGCUAUUAGGCUGAAACAUUUGCCAGCUGGUACCGUACAAUUUGAAACUAUUAUAGAAACGGAUAUAUUAGGUACUGUAAUACAAGACACAAGUUCAGUUGAACCUGGCCUCAUUGGUUAUGGCCAACAGAAGAGCAUUAUUUUCUUCUCUAAAGAUUGCGAUCCUAAAAAUAUUCCAAAAUUGAAUGAUAAGGUGAUGUUCAGUAUCUGUCAAGUAAAACGAAAUAAAGAACUUGUUGCUGUUGACAUAUUUUUAAUAAACGCUGCUGGUGAGAAAAUUCAAAAUACAAACAAAAAAUCAAACGGACAAGUUUGUCAAGGUUUUAUUGCUGCUCUUAAGGACGGAUUUGGCUUUAUUGAGACAGUAAAUCACGAUAAAGAAAUAUUUUUCCACUACAGUAACUUCGAGGGAGAUGCUAGUACGUUGGAAUUGGGAGCCGAUAUUGAAUGUACAAUCAGUAGUUCUGGCAAUGGAAGAGGUUCUGGAGGUUGCGUAGCCGCCGAUCAUGUUAAACUGGUGCCUCGUGGAAGUAUUCCCAGGCCGACACCAGUCAGCGAAGUGCUCGGUGGCACUGUUAUAAGACCGUUGCGAAGCGCGAAUCCCGAGCAGACCGAGUACGCCGGCCUGAUAAAGAUCAAUCCCACUAAUGAGGACGAGGAGCCGCAGGAAUAUGAAUUUGGGAUCAUGGGAUUAUCCAACAAACGGGAAUUGUUACAGGCUGGCGAUCCCGUGCAACUUCAGGUGGAUUCAGCCGGUCAUGCGUGUAAUAUCGUAGCUGUGAGGAUAAAAAGAAGAGCAACUGUAGACGCAGUAAGGGGCCCAUUCGGCUUCCUCGCCUAUGAAGUCGAUGAGGGUAAGAAGUUAUUCUUCCACAUAAGCGAGGUUCGAGAUCAUGCCACGUUGCAACCGGGGGACUCGGUGGAAUUUGCCAUAGUUACAAAUCAACGCACGGGCAAGUCUUCGGCAUGCAACGUGACUCGAUUAAGUGACGCGGUCCAGCAGCGACCAGAGCGUCUGAUAAGCCGACUGCGUACUAUAUCUAUGGAAGAUACGGGCCCAAAAUUGACCGUAGUUAGGCAACCGAAAGGGCCCGAUGGCACGCGCGGCUUUACCCAGGAAAGAUGCCAGCACACUCCCGGUGCCAUAGUGGAAUAAUGCGCCAUGAGACGGGGUUAUCGAUUAUCCAAAUUGUAAUCUACAUUAUUUGUUUUUAGUCCGUACACUUCGAUACCGAGAUUAUUAUUAUAAGCAUGAUCGUAAACGUUUGCCAAAUUCAGACUAAUGUGACAACAAUAAUUAUAAUGAUAAUAAUCAGUGAAACUGAAUGGUGAUCGAGGGCCGGAAGAGAUUAUAAAAGAAAAGGAAAAAAAAAAGAAAAAAAAAUUAAAAAAAGAACAACGACUCAUUUUAUCAUGUCAUAAAGGGAGAAAACGAACAGGAAGGCAGUUUGUUUAAUCUUCAAAUAUAACGUUAGGAUUUACUCCAGUAUGCCCUCUUUGAUUAAUUUUUUGCAUCUUCAUGAAUUUGCAGCUAAACUAGCCUAUUCGUAUGUUACUUUUCUGAAAUAAUAAAUAGUUUGUAGGAAUCGUCGAAAUUUUUCAUUAGUAUACUUCUUUGAUAGAAAUUCGAUCGAUAAUGUCAAUUUAUUCUGUUCAAAAUACAGAACGCAGAAUGCAGAAAUAGAUCCCAGGUUAUGUAGAAGUUUGGACCGCUGACAACCUGCCUGUUUGUAUGUUCUAAUGACGACGUCCUGUUUGUCUUUAUAAAAAAAAAAAAGAACAAAAAAAUAUACGUACACGUUGAUACACAA